GAACAUGAAUCAGACAUGUCGCUUUUCACUCGUUGUUGUGUCUAAAGUACCUUUUAGACACUUACCGAACAAACACUGUCGGUAUGAAAGCACGUUGGGAAAGGAGAAGUCGAGAAAGUCACUAGUUUCCGACUCUUGUCGACCAAUUGUGUUUGCUUUCGUUUUCAUGGCAGCAAGACAAUUCACCGAGCACGAAGUGAUGUCUAUGAAAGUCGCGUUUUCUAUUGCUGUCCUGAGAACAAAGCCGAGUGACAUGGACACCAGACUGUUUAUAGAAAAAAUGCGUAUUCGGUUUAGGUGUCAAGAACGCACUUGGAAAGAGAGGGCAAAAUAUCUAGAAAUAGAGCUAUUGCUAAAGAAGCAAGAGCUGUUGGAAAGAGAUUUGUCUAAAGUUAGUUUUGAUGAAAGCAGUAACACGUUGAGAGAGGAAGCAGGGAUAUUGAUUGAUUCUGAAACUCCAUGUCCUGGCAAGUUGGUCGACGAUCCUAUGUCAGAGAUUGCAGUACACCUCAAGUUUCUGAAGAACUCGUGUCAUCUACAUUCAUGUGCUGACAGACUGUCUACACUGUCACUAUCUACUUAUGAUUUGGCAUCAACCAUCAGUGAUACAAUAAUCAGAGCCACCCAAGCAGUUGCAGAAUUCCUUCCAUCUGCAGUCACCAGCGGAUUCCCAUCUAUUGCGUGUUUCCGGACAUCUGUUGACGUCAUUGCUGGUGCUCUUGACAGUUCAUUGGUCACUCGAUUUCAAGAACAACUCGGUAAAGUAGCCAUGUUAUUAGCGAGACAAAUUCUUCACAUCAUUAUUCAGUUUGAUGCUUUCUCUACAGAGGAAGAUGUUCAUGAUGUGCUAAGUGCCAUGCUACUUGCUCUUGCAAAACCUUCCAUGCUCACUCGUAGGAUACUAGCUGAACUGUUAUCUUGUAUCGCGUCACAUUCAGAGUACCUUCGAGACGUCAGUGCAGUUUUGAACCAAAGACAAGAUUUCAAAGUGGUCGAGUACGAGAACAUGUGCUAUGUCUUCAGAAUUCUGGAAGAAAUUAUAGUAGAAUCAGACAUCACCAGUGACCAACAAGUAUGUCACGACAUGAGGAAACUCUUGGAUGAUUCUCUGCUGCAUAUUUCACAUGCUUUUCCUGUCUUUGCACACUAUGUGUGGAGACUAGGAGCUAUUGUAAACAUGAAAGUCCAGCACUAAUGGACAACAACAACAAC